CCAAAUGUACAAAAUUCCCUUCCCUGGUUUCUAGGAUGCUGUUCAAGAAGUUCAAACUUUUAGUCGAAGUCACAGUGCAAAAAAGUUGCGUUUUCUUUGCUGUAUAAAUUGGGGAAUCUAAAAUAAUUGUAAACACUGAUUUUAACUUUGCAUGCCUGUAUUUUUUCGGGUGUUAAUAAGUGUUUUUGAAUGCACCUGCGUGCAUCACUAUGAAGCUGAGAAAUGUAAAGAAGCCAGCCUUCCCCUGGUUCGGGAUGGACAUCGGCGGUACUCUGGUGAAGCUGGUCUACUUCGAGCCUAAAGACAUCACGGCGGAGGAGGAACAGGAGGAAGUGGAAAACCUGAAGAGCAUCCGCCGCUACCUGACCUCCAACACGGCGUACGGAAAGACGGGCGUCCGAGACGUCCACCUGGAACUGAAGAACCUGACCAUGUGUGGCCGGACGGGCAACCUGCACUUCAUCCGUUUCCCCACGCAGGCCAUGCACCGCUUCAUCCAGAUGGGAAGCGACAAGAACUUCUCCAGCCUUCACACCACGCUCUGCGCCACUGGCGGAGGGGCCUACAAGUUUGAGAAUGACUUCAGAACGAUGGCUGAUUUAGAGCUGUUGAAGCUGGAUGAGCUUGACUGUCUGAUUCAUGGCCUGCUCUAUGUGGACUCCGUGAGCUUCAACGGCCACCCUCAGUGUUACUACUUGGAGAACCCGUCAGACACCCAGAACAGCGUGAAGACACCGUGCAGUCUGGCCGACCCGUUCCCUAUGCUGCUGGUCAACAUUGGAUCUGGGGUCAGCAUCCUGGCUGUGUACUCCAAAGAUGACUACAAACGGGUCACCGGUACCAGUCUUGGUGGGGGUACGUUCCUGGGCCUGUGCUGCUUGCUGACGGGGUGUGAGACGUUUGAAGAGGCGCUGGAUAUGGCUAGCAGAGGGGACAGCAGCAAUGUGGACAAGCUGGUGAAAGAUAUCUACGGAGGAGACUAUGAGCGUUUCAGCCUCCAAGGAUCUGCUGUGGCCUCCAGAAAUGCAGGGGUAUUUUCUAAUGGAGCACUGGCACCGAAGAGCUCCGAUGAGAAAAGCUUUGGUCACAUGAUGAGCAAAGAGAAACGAGACUCCAUCAGCAAAGAGGACCUGGCCCGGGCUAUGCUGGUUACCAUCACCAAUAACAUAGGCUCCAUCGCACGCAUGUGUGCCGUCAACGAGAAAAUCGAGAGAGUUGUGUUUGUUGGGAAUUUCUUACGUAUCAACACCGUGUCUACUAAGCUGCUGGCCUACGCCAUGGACUUCUGGUCCAACGGACAACUGAAGGCCUUGUUCUUAGAACACGAGGGCUAUUUUGGAGCGGUUGGGGCAUUACUGGAGCUGUUAAAGUCGCCUGAGGAGCCAUGAAGACAUGCCCAUGUCGUCUGUAUAGAAGCUGCUGAAAAGGUUUUCACGGAAGCCACCACAAGAAACUGGAAAAAAACUGGGAAAAGCCAUUUUAAUAAUUUAACUGUAAAUAUCCUUUCACUCCCUCCCCUAAAGUCCCCUCAAAUAGAGGUUUUAAUAUAACUAAUGUAAUGUCACAUGUCAUGAACCCUGGGUGGCAGGUAAAUGCUAAGGAUCACAGAAACUGUGUUUUGUUUUUAGCACUGUGUGUAAAUACCUAUUUGUGUAGUUCUAGGGUGCACUAAAGCCAAAACCUGCUGAGAUUUGACUUGUGUUGACAGUCCAGUUACGUCUGAGGUAUAGAGGAAAAUUAGUUUGUUCUGUCCAGCUAUGUACAAAAAACAAAAUGGCAGACAGGGGGAAAGGGUUUAGUUUCAUUCGUAUCAAAUGAAGGGACCAAGAGGCUGUUUCAUCAUCAUCAUGGGCCGGCCCUUUAAUUAAGCGUGUCACACCAAGGCUCCACUCUCCGUUCGCCUGUGGCACUACCCAUCAUCAUAGCUUUAUUAUCAGAGCAUGGUUAACAGUGAUGGGAGUGUUUUUCCAAAAAAAACAUUGGUUACACAACCUCCUCAAACUCUCUUUUUAGUGAUGGAGUUCUGUGAUCGGCUAGUAUGUCAGUCACUUUUGCAAGAUAUGUCGUGAUCUUGGUACUUUGGUUGUUUUUCGAAGAUGCUGCACUACAGAGCUGAAUUAUGAGUCUGCCUUUCCUCACUAAGAAAGUGCCUCAUCCUCUCCUAACCCUGGCCCAUGAUGACACACACUCUACAGCCAGUCAUGCUGUAGAAUUGCCUUGUGUUUGAAUUGCCUAGUAAGGAAUUUUUGGUGUUUUUUUUAUCUAUUGUAGUUGUAAGAAAGGUACAUAACUACUGCCAGCAGUUAGUCUAUAUAGGGAUUUAAGAGAUUUGUCUUCCUGUGUCUGUGGGAGUUCCUCACCCAGUGCAAAGGGUCCAUUACCUGUAGUUUGGACAGAAAGUCUCUCUUUUGGCCCCCAAAAGUAAUUCCCAUAGCUGCUAUUAGUACUUGUUCUAGUCAUCAGUUAAAACUAUUCAAUGUGAAUGUGCUUGUAACUAAAAGAUUGAAGGACCACCACAAGACAUGUAUUACCUGUUGGCCUAGGUAUUUCAAAUGGAAGCAUUAACAGUGUUGUCCGGGUUUGGCUGGUGUAGGCCGUCAUUGUAAAUAAGAAUUUGUUCUUAACUGACUUGCCUAGUUAAAUAAAGCUUAAAUAAAAUUUGAAAUAAAUAAAAAUUAACUGAGCAACAAGUAGUCAAAAGAAACAUAAAUGUAUUUCAUCCAUCAACUUCUAAAUGGCUUUGUUAGAAAAAUACUGUUGCAUCUAAUGUCUCAACCUUUGGCAUUAUGACGUCACAGAAUGUUCUGUCGUUCCUUUUCGUUCCUUCGCUCCAUGUUGGUUAAUUGCCUCAUCCGGUCAGGUGCCACUCUGUUGUUAAACUGGGUAGCAGUUCACUUACUGGCUACUCGGUGCCAUCCUCUUCUCAACUCAACCCUAUGUGUUGUCUUUGUGUUGUUUUUAGUGGAAAUAAACUGAACAAAAAUAUAUAAACGCAACAUCCAGGCUGUAUCACAAUUGGCCCAGCGUUGUCAGGGUUUGGCCUGUGUAGGCCGUCAUUGUACAUAACAAUUUGUCCUUAACUGACUUGCCUAGUUAAAUAAAGGUUAAAUUAUAAAUCUAGUAAUAAUUAGUGUUGAGCUAAUUUAAUUUUUUUCAUGAGCUAAAAUAAAAGAUCCUAGAAAUGUUCCGUACGCACAAAAGGAUUACUUCUCUCAAAUUUUGAACAAAUUUCUUUACAUCCCUGUUAGUGAGCAUUUCUCCUUUUGCCAAGGUAAUCCAUCCACCUGACAGAUGUGGCAUAUCAAGAAGCUGAUUAAACAGCAUGAUCAUUACACAAGUGCACCUCGUGCUAGGGACAAUAAAAGGCCACUAUAAAAUGUGCAGUUUUGUCACAUGACACAACACCACAGAUGUCUCAAGUUUUUAGGGAGCUUGCAAUUGGUAUGCCGACUGCAAGACUGUCCACCAGAGCUGUUUCCAGAUAAUUGAAUGUUCAUUUCUCUACCAUAAGCUGCCUCCAACGUCGUUGUAGAGAAUUUGGCAGUACAUGCGACUGGCCUCUCAACGUGUAUGACGUUGUGUGGGCGAUGAGUUUGCUGACAUCAACGUUGUGAACAGAGUGCCCCAUGGUGGCAGUGGGGUUAUGGUAUGGUUAGGCAUAAGCUACAGACAACGAAUACAUUUGCAUUUUAUCAAUGGCAAUUUGAAUAAACAGAGAUAUCGUGACGAGAUCCUGAAGCCCAUUGUCGUGCCAUUUAUCCGCCGCCAUCACGUCAUGUUUCAGCAUAAUGCACUGUCCCAUGUCGCAAGGAUCUCUACACAAUUCCUGGAAGCUGAAAAUGUCCCAGUUCUUCCAUGGCCUCCAUACUCACCAGACAUCUCACCCAUUGAUCACGUUUGGGAUGCUCUGGAUCGACGUGUACGACAGCGUGUUCCAGUUCCCGGCAAUAUCCAACAACUUUUCACGGCCAUUGAAGAGGAAUGGGAAAACAUUCGGUGGUCACACCAGAUACUGACUGGUUUUCUGAUCCACGCCCCUACCCUUUUUUCUUUUAAAGACCAACAGAUUCAUAUCUGUAUUCCCAGUCAUGCGAAAUCCAUAGAUUAGGGCCUAAUUUAUUUAUUUCAAUUGACUGAUUGCCUUAUAUGAACUGUAGCUCAGUAAAAUGUUAGAAAUGUGUUGCGUUGAUGUUUUUGUUCAGUGUACAUGUGUGUGCCAUACAUUUUCUUCAUUUUGGGGGGGGGGGGGGGGGGUCUUUUCAUAUAAGGUGUUUACGCAUCAGUGUGGCUGUUUGUGAAGGCUCCAUUUAGGCCUAUUUUAAAAUCCGAGCCCCACUGCAGCCAGCUGCCACAUUGAGUUCAGCCAGGUCAGUACAUUUCAUUCAUCAGCAUGGGUAUUCUGACUUUGUUGUGAUUUUUUUUGUGUGAAAAAAAAUAAUAAAUCGAUUUCUUUUUUUGUAUUAUUAUUUUUUUGACGAUUUUUUUUUUUUUUUUAUGUUGAUUUUUGUGGUUGUAUGUAUUAUUUGUUGUUCUAUAACCAGUCUGCUCUGAGAGUUAUUCCAAGUACCCCCUGUUCCCAAACUUUGCAUGUAUGUUCUUAUGAUUUGAAUUAGACCUUACAUUAGCCCCUGGUACUAGUCUGGAUCAGUGGCUAAACCUUGGAUUACCAUUUCGUUAUGUAUUACCCCCAAUAGCUUUUCAAAUGUAUUUUAAAAGUGUCCCAAUUUUACAUGUGUGUAUCACUGAUGAGAUGAAAUGAAGUGAUGAAACACCUCAAGUCUUUAAACCAAGGGUCAAACUCAUUCCACGGAGGGCCUCAUGUCUUCUGGUUUUUCCUUUUAAAUGUUGACCUAGACAACCCAGGUGAGGGGAGUUCUUUACUAAUUAGUGACUUUAAUUCAUCAAUCAAGUACAAGGGAGGAGCAAAAACCCCGCAGUCACUCGGCCCUCCGUGGAAUGAGUUUGACACGUGCUCUAAACAAUGUCCUGGAAAGAUGUCUGUGACUGAAGUCCCUGUGCUGUGAGAAGGCACUAUUAGGAAAUUACAUUUCUCUUUGCUUCCAAAGCUCUAAUUUGUUGAGUCUAGUUUAAAUAUAAAGUAUUUUUCCUUUUUCAGUGGUCCAUAUGUUAAAUCCAUGUAUUAGUCACACCUGAAGACCACCUACAAGUCUAGCAUUGAAGCAUUGUGACUACGUGACGGCCCUUCAAGUUAGCCUUUUAGUAUGUUAGUCUGGCUCAAUACGAAGCUCCUCUUCCUCAGUGUUUACACACUGUGUUUGCGUCUCGUGACUUGAGCCAUCAAACCUGUGUUAUGUAAGAGCUCUGUUUGUACAGUAUUGUGUACAGAGAUAUUGCUUGCCACAGCACAAGGACAGCAAUUACUUCAUGCCCAUACUAAAGCGCUAUUGAGUGAUUGGCAUUAAAGCAGAAGUCUUCGUUUUCCCUUACCAGCUCAUUACAGUGUUGUUAAUGAACAGGAGUUUGAUCUCUGAUCACAGAGAACAUGCUAUGCAGUAGCUCUCUUCGGUAUAAUGUCCUAGCAAUGCUGCAAACUCUGCCAAUAACCCAAAAUGAGUAAGUGGUUGUUCAAAGCUGUUUUGAAUUGUUAAGAAUUAUACCAAAUGUGCUCUGAGAAUCCGGUUUUUAUCUUGAGUGAGUUUCUUCUGCUCGAGUCCUGCUGAAUUUGAAAUAAAACAGACUUAUUCUGGAAGGUUUUAGAGGAUGGACCUUCUAUCAUCGAUCUGAAUGUACACGGAGACCUAUAAAUAUAUCCACCAGCAAUCUCUACUAAUGAAAUAUCUAACCUGAUGGUUAUUUACGGUGUGUAAGGCUGCGUUUAUACAGGCAGCCCAAUUCUAAUCUUUUGCCCAAUUAUUGGCAAAAGAGCUGAUCUGAUUGGUCAAAAGACCAAUUUAGUGGGAAAAAUCAGAAUUGGGCUGCCUGUGUAAAUGUAGGCUUAGUGCUUAACUCUCUUGCUUAAGAAAAAUUACAAGAAAAGGAACACAAAAUAUUCUGUGUGCAAUGUGUACGUACUGAAAUUGACAUUUUGUUUCUAAAAGGAAUAAAAUUGUACAGCUAUA